CCGCGGCGGCGGAGGGAGCGCAGUCGGCGGCCAUGUUGGGAUAGUUUGUUGUUUUCUUCCUGCGGAGGAGAAGGGGCCGGUGUGGACAACGAACCGCCCCGGCCUCUCCUCUCUCCUCCCCCUCCCACCCUGCCCCGGUCCUCGGGUGGUCCCUUUCCCACUUUUCACCCUCCCCUCGGCCCGGGAUCAGGCCUCUUCUCCCCGCCAGCUGGUUUGGUGGGGGUGAGGCCGAGAGCCGAGCUCGGGAGUCACCAUGGCGGCUGCCCUGGGUGCGGGCGGAGGAGCGGGAACCGGAGCCGGAGAUGAUGACUUUGAUCAGUUUGAUAAGCCUGGUGCAGAACGGUCUUGGAGAAGAAGAACUGGGGAUGAAGACUGGGACAGUGAACUUGAAGAUGAUUUGCUUGGAGAAGAUUUGCUGUCUGGCAAAAAGAAUCAGUCAGAUUUGUCAGAUGAAGAACUGAAUGAUGAUCUUUUGCAGAGUGAUAAUGAAGAUGAACUAAAUUUCAGUUCUCAGGGUGUCACAAUUAGUCUUAAUACUACAUCUGGAAUGGUUACGUCAUUCGAACUCUCCGACAAUACUAAUGAUCAGUCUAUAGAACAUGAAUCGGAAUAUGAACAAGGAGAGGAUGAAAUGAUUUAUCACAAAUCUGAUGGAUCUGAAUUGUACCCUCAAGACUAUACUGAAGAACAGUAUGAAGGCCAUGAUGCUGAGUUGACAGAAGACCAAAUAGAAUAUGUGGAAGACCAGGGGGAGGAAGAAAUUGACAAUGAUGAAGUGCUAGACAUUGAAAUCAAUGAACCUCUAGAUGAAUUUCCAGAUGAAGAAUACAUGCAGUCUUAUGGUGGGCCGCAAGGAAUGCAAGAGCAAGACUAUGUGGCUGAAGAUGAAUUAGAGGAGAUGGCUGAUUCCCAAGCCGCUCCUGAAUCUGAAGAGGGAGCUAUUGAAACUCUGGAACUCCAAAAAGAAAUUAAAGAGGAAUCUGAUGAAGAGGAGGAAGAUGAUGAAGAAUCUGGACGACAGCGUUUCAAAACUGAACGGAAAGAAGGAACAGUCAUUAGGCUCUCAGAUGUACCUAGAGAGAGAAGAAACAUUCCAGAAACUUUGGAACUUUCAGCCGAAGCCAAAGCUGCUUUGCUUGAAUUUGAAGAAAGGGAACGGCAGCAUAAACAGGGACGAUAUGGCUCCAGGCGAGGAGGAAGGAGAGGAGGCUCUCUGACGUCUCGUGGAACGGGAGAGCAGAGGAGAGAGAACAGUGAGAGAGGAAGGAUGAAAGAUCACAGGCCUGCUCUUCUACCUACACAGCCUCCCGCCGUGACUCACUCACCGAGGUUAAUCCAACCACCUCAGCCACAACCACAGCCACAACCACAACCACAGCCACAACCACAACCACAACCACAACCACAACCACAACCUCCACCUCCACCACCUCCGCCACCACCUCCUCAACAGCAACCUAUUAGAAGUCUAUUCCAGCAGCAACAGCUACAGCCUCUGCUACCCUUACAGCAUCCGCACCAUCCUUCUCCUCCUCAAGGAAUGCAUAUGCCACCCCAGAUGGAAACACCCAGGAUAAUGAUGACCCCCCCACCAGUGACCCCUCAACAACCGAAGAACAUACAUAUAAAUCCACAUUUCAAAGGAACAGUAGUAACCCCUGUGCAAGUGCCCUUGUUACCAGUACCCAGCCAGCCCAGACCUGCUGUAGGACCCCAGAGAUUCCCAGUUCCUCCAGAAUUCCCACAGCAUACUCCUGGGCCCGUUCCUACCAAUUUCAGCCAGCCCCCACGGCUUCCUCUCCAGGACCAAUGGAGAGCCCCACCACCUCCUCAGGACAGAGACCAUUUCUUCUUAGGAGUUUCAGGAGAACCAAGGUUCCCGAGUCAUCCUUUGUUUGAGCAACGAAGUCCCCCUCCACCACCACCACCUCCCACGAUUCUUAACAGCAGUCAUCCUGUUCCUACCCAGAAUCCCUUGCCUUUUACUCAGCCUGGACCAGCAUUUAAUCAGCAGGGACAGCAACCAGUAUUUCCCAGAGAAAGGCCUGUAAGACCAAACAUUCAGCCUCCAGGUCCAGUGGGGAUUCUUCACUUCAACCAACCGGGCUCUGCAAAUACACGGCCUUUCAUUCCUCCCAGACAACCAUUCUUACCUGGCCCAGGGCAGCCAUUUCUUCCUACACACACACAGCCUAAUAUGCAGGGACCCUUGCAUCCUCCAUUACCACCACCACACCAAGCCCAGCCUCAGCCUCAACAGCAGCAGCAGCCCCAGCAUCAAGCACAGCAGCCCCAGCACCAAGCACAGCAUCAUCAGCACCAGCCCCCGCACCAGCCCCCGCUUCAGCCCCCACAUCAGCCUCCCCAUCAGCCUCCACCCCCUCACCAGCCCCCGCACCAGCCUCAGCAGCCCCCGCCUCCCCAUCAGCAUCACCAUCACCUUCCCGUCCCGCCGCCGCCUCUGAUGCCCUUGACUCAGCCGCCAUUUAGGCCUCCCAUGCAGGCCACUCAGCCCCAGCCCAACAGCAAUCGGAUGCAGGGCCCUCAGCGACAGGGCCCGAGACACAGUGCAGCUUCACAGAACGUUGUCAAGCGGCCAAUUCAGCAAAUGCAGCCAACUGCGCCAAGAAAUAGCAAUUUGCGGGAAUUACCAAUAGCACCAUCCCAUGUUAUAGAAAUGAGUAACAACCGUUGCUCCUCUACACCUGCAGCACAAGUGAAACCAAUUACAAGCACCUCACGCACCUCACCCACCUCGAGAUCUGUUGUAGGUGUCAGGACCCCACAGGGAAAGACUGAAAUGAAAGUUAAACCAGUCAGCCCUGUGGCUCAAGCUAAAGCAGAAGUAAAAAAAGAACCAGAGUUUCCUGAUGAAGAUGAAGAAACCAGGUUAUAUCGUUUAAAGAUAGAAGAACAGAAACGUUUAAGAGAAGAAAUCUUGAAACAAAAGGAACUACGACGGCAGCAGCAGGCUGGUGCUAGAAAGAGGGAAUUACUUGAAAGACUUGCACAACAGCAACAGCAGCCUUAUACCCCACAGCCCCCAGUACAGCAGGAGGAACAAACGUCACUUUCGCCCACUAAUGGGAGUCCACUGCUACCUUAUCCUGGUGCACAAGUUAGACAAAAUGUAAAAAAUAGACUUCUUGUAAAAAAGCAAGACAUCACUAUUUCAAAUGUUCAGCCCAAAACUUCAAAUUUUGUACAAGCUGGUGCUAAUUUGCAAUACCAAGGACAACCAAUGAAACCAAUGAAACAGUUGAGACAGAAUAGAACAGUACCUCAAACUCAGCCCCAGCCAUCUCACAAAGGACUUCAAACAAAGCCUCCUGACAUGGAUGAAUUGCCAACUCCAACACAGACUACUAGAGUGGCAUCAGUACAAGGCCAGCCCCAGGAAAUGAAACCUGGAGUGAAAAGGACUGUCAUGCAGCGGGCGAACAGUGGUAGUGGAGAUGGGCCACAUGUCAGCUCCAAAGUCAGGGUGAUUAAGUUGUCAGGAGGGCAGGGGGGAGAGAAUGUUGGCUUUUUUCACCCAGAGGGUCAGCCCCAACGUCUUCCUCAGUCUCCAGAAGUAAGACAGCAUCCUGUACGGAAAGUCACAUUGACAAAGGGAACAACACUUCAUCAACAACAGCAAUCUCCAGUUGCAGCUCACAUACACUCAACUAUUCCUCCAGGAGUUAAAAACAUCCAAGGAAUUCACCCAGCAAAGAAGGUCAUUAUGCAUGGGAGAGGCAGAGGAGUAGCAGGCCAGAUGGGCCGGGGACGCUUGAUGCCAAAUAAACAGAACCUGCGCGUGGUGGAGUGCAAACCUCAGCCCUGUAUUGUGUCAGUUGAAGGGCUUUCUUCAUCAACUACUGAUGUCCAACUGAAAAACCUGCUGAUGUCAGUAGGACCCAUUCAGAGUUUACAGAUGCUUCCCCAGCAACGGAAAGCCAUCGCGAAGUUUAAGGAGCCAGCACAUGCUUUAGCAUUUCAACAGAAGUUCCACAGGCAUAUGAUAGAUUUGUCCCACAUAAAUGUGGCACUGAUUGUUGAAUGAUUUCCACUAAGAGUAACCGACCCUUAUGCUAUAGAAACUACUGUGGAAUUUUCCCAAGGAGAGGCGAUGGGAGCAGUCACAUCAGGAGCCAAGAACUUGGCAGUCUACAAUCUUGCUUAACUGUGUGAUCUGGAGCUGCCAAAAGUACGCUGGAUGCCAAGAAAAGCGGAACUUAGAGGACCCAGAAGCAAUUAGGAGUUUGGUGUCCACUUGCUCCCUGUCCUGUUGUAGCCACAAGGAACUAUAGUUUUGGUUUUUUGUUUUGUUUUUGUUUUGUUUUUUUUUUUUCAAGUGCUUACAAUGCAUGUAGACUUUGUUCUUCAAAAUCUGACUGUGUGAUCACAGUGACUUGGAUUGAGGAAAGAACAUUAACACGUUUCCCCAUCCUAAAGACUUUUUUUUACUAGCAAAGAAUAUUUGAUAAUGGUUGCUCUUAUCUUCAUUGUAGGCCAGAAAAUAAUUUUCUUUAACACACAUAUGUAUCUUCUUAGAAAGACCUCAGAAGGUGUAUGACAAACAUAGAUCAAAUUCGGGGGAUCAAUCUGGUAUUUGUGUAGCCUAAAUGGCUUGGAGAUAAGAGGUAUUAUUGGGUUGAGAGUUGUACCAAUGAAACAGACAGGUUCUCAUUCUUGUAAAUAAGUCCAAGCCCAGCCUCACAUUCUCUCAGUUCCUAAUGGAAACCUUUCUUCCCUGUCUUUCUUCAUGUCCACUUUCUCCCAGUUCUCUCCCCCAGAGUUAAAUAGGUGUAACUCCAAUUUUCCCGUUGGCUUAAAAAGAAUCAUUUAAAAAUUUCUCUCACAGGCUCAUAAACUGGUUUGCUACUAAUAUGAGCCACUUCUUUUCCAAGGUUGAACACUAUGUGGGAAUAACACUGGUGAUCACUGUUCUAAUUAUCAUCGUAUCUUUGUAAUUCCACAUAAAGAGAUAGCAAGUCAGUGAUUGUUGUGUAGGCGUAACCAAUACAACCCAAACUGUGGGUUCCCUGCUCAGAUUGCUUUUACUAAGUAAAUUUGGCCUGUUUCCUUUUGAUGAGAAACUUACUCUUUCCAAAGGAGCACAGUCUGUUAAGGUUAAUAAGAAAGUGCCUUAGUUCCAUCUUUGCUCCCAUAUUUUGUGAAAGAUAUUUAUCAUUUGGGAUAGAUAUUUCAGUGGGUACCUAAACUAUUGGAGCAGAGAGUCCUAGGGCAUUUGUGGACUUUCAAAUUAGCUUUUGUACUGAAAGCUCCCUGAGCAUGUUGAUAGGCCUUAUCACAUGAGAGAUUCAGAAAGAAACUUAGUGUACUUUGAUGCAUUCACUAGAUAUCUGGCAAAAGGGUCAAACUGUAGAGUCCCCUAAACAUGAGUCAACCACAUGAGUGGUCCUUUAUACCUUGUAUCCUUUCUUAUAGGAGACAAAGUUCACCUAGCCUUUGUCAUGUAUUUUCUCGUAGCAUAGAUUUUGUAUUACUUUUCAAAUUAAGUUACCAAAAAAAAUUUUUUUAAGGCUAAAACCUGGGAUUAUGGUAUUUCAGACCUUGAUGAAUCUUUCGAUAAAGUUGAUUCUGAAAGAACAUCAUGUUACGUUUGAGACUGGAAAGUAGUCUGUUUUCUUUUUUUAAUGACUGUCUAAAAAUUUGCAUCUAAGCAUAGGGACUCACUAGCCCAAAUGGGAUCCAAUUAGGAUUUCUCCAAAGAAAGGGAAUUUAGGAUAGAACUCUCUGCCUCCCUAGCUAAUGUGGGUUUCAUUUGAUUCGAAUGGCCGCCUCCACUCCCCAAACCUAGCCUUGGCAGGGGUCAUUGCUGCUUUCACCAUAAUUUUCCAUAUGAAAGGCCAUACAUAGGCAUGGCUUUACUGGCCUGAGACAGGCUGUCAACUCCUAUCUCAGGCACACCCUUUUUCCAAUGGAUGCUCACACUCAAGAAAGCCCUGUCCCUUCAGUCCUGCCCGAGAGCUGUGUUAAUUGCAGGCGCACGUCAGCUAGGAGCAACUUGAAAGCUUUCGGUCCACUCACCUUAGUGGGUCGGCUUAUAUCUUAGCGAGCUUGAUUUUGAUGGGAACUAGAGACUGAACUUUGGGGAACUUGGUGAGAUUCCCCUGGGGACAGUUUGAUCAGUUUUAAUGUUUCCUGAAAGUCGAAAAAAAUGUUUUUUUCUUUCCAACUUGACUUCGAAAUAAAAAAAUCUGGAUGCUAUCUCUCCGAGUUAGUAAGUAGUGUAGAAGCAGGCUUCUUUCUAGUCACCAUUGAAAAUAAAACUUAAUAGGAAAUGCACUGACAUAUUUUGUACUUUUUUCAAGUCCACUUUUUGCAUUAUCUGGGUAUUUUAGGUGGGGGCUAUCUUGUAUGUACAGGUGAUUAUGCACAUAGCCAUAAAUGAGCUAUUCCUUAAGGAUGAGGUCCCCCAAAACGAGAUAACUGAUAGGAUAAAUCUGGGUUUUUAUUGAGAUACUUGUUAGGAUCACUACCUAACCAGUGCACAUGAGUUCUCCUGAUAUAAAGUAACUUGAGCAACAGAAUUGAGGUUUAAUUCCUGGUUGUGGUUUCUCCCACAAAGGAAGAGGAGAAGGGAAGCCAAAUUAGCAGCAAGGGAUGUCAGUUUCCAUUCUUGCCGUUUAAAUCAGCUCCCCUAAGCUUAACCCUCUUGGAAGAUCUGUGGCAACCAUUAUCUUUGUUCUUUCUUUAUCAUGCAUUUAAAGGGAGAUGCAGAAUGCAAGCCGCUGCAUCCAACUGUACUCUGUAAAUAUGGACCUUUUAAAAUUAAAAUGUUAUUCAAGAUGGAUAUUACUCAGCAACCUCUUAGCUAUUUGUUAGUUUUUUGUGUUGUCAUAUCAAAGUUGAAUGGAUACCGUUCCAUAAAUGUGGAUGUGUUUUUGUGUGUAUCUUCGAUUUUUAUAAAGACUGUAGUAAGUCAAUACUUUUAUCCUGACCUGUGUAUUAUUUGUUCACAAAAUCCAGAAGCUUAAAACUAACUAGGAAUUUAAGACCAGUCGAUCUCAUUCAGUCAAUACACUAGGUGAUUAUGUGGAACCAUUCCCCUCUUCCUCCUUUUCUUUUGGCAUUGCCGUGGUUUUUGGUCCUGUGCUGUUCUUUACCUCUAAUAAGCAAACCUGUUCAAUAGCAUUGGUUUGACCAUGUGCCUUGGGAAAUUCUUAGGUUAGUCUUCUGUUGGGGAGGGGAGGGAAGGGGGCACUCUUUUUUCUGAAAGAAACUUGCAAGAGUGUUCCCCUUGGGGCACAAACCAUUUAUGAAAUUUAUAGGUAACUGGUUUUUAUUGGGUUCAACCAGUUAUGGGCACAAGAAUGGGGAAGGUUGUUCUCGUUAUGUUGGUUUUCAUUUUUUUUUUGUGACGCUCAGAUGGAAUGUCAUCUUGUUCUGCUUUUAUUUAUUUAUUUCCCCCCCACAAUUCUGAGUUGAGACAGUAGGUUGUCAUUCUACUGGUCAUGGUGCUGAAUUGUGGUGUGUUUUUUUUUUUAGACAUUCAAAUUUGAUCAUGAGAACAGUGUUAGUAUUUUAAGGCAUCGGGUAAGGUUCAUAGAGAGGGGAUAGGGAUCAGGAGAAAGAAAUUUUACAAAACUGUGAAAUCUUAGGCAUUCAGAAUAAAAGGUCUUUUAAAAGUCACACCUCUAGAAAACAGGUUACUAAGAACACCCAAGGAAAUUGAGAAAUCUAUAUAGACUGGUAUUUUAAAGUAACAGACAGAAAUGGAAUGAGUGUCCUCAAUUCUGUCCCAAUUAGAACUUUACUAUGUAGCCUGUGCCAAAGGGCUCCAGCUGACUGACCACUACAGUGUUUCUAACUGCAGCCUUUAAUAAUGUGCUUAUACUUGGGGCCCAGCUUGGAUUAUCAAUGAGGUUUCAACCUUGGGGCUGUUCUGUUUCCCAGAAGGCUUGUCUUACAAAGAUUGGGUUUCAGAGUUUGUUUCCCAUAUCACUUUGGUUUAGUUUUUUUUUGUUGUUGUUGUUGUUUGUUUGUUUGUUUGUUUGUUUGUUUUGUUGAAUUGGAAGGUAAGCUCACCAUGUUCACGAAUGCUUUGGCAUAGAUGGGGCAUUUGUUAUCUUUCUAGCACUGGGGAAAACGAUUGCAUUUUUUUUCUGUCUGAAGCACUUUUUUUUAUGCUUUUGAGUAUAUUAGAAACCUCAUUAGCUUUAUUUAUGGCUAGUUUUCUGACCCCGUACUUCACCCUCACCCACCCCCAUCCCCAUCCCCAUCCUCCACUCCAUGCUGUUCCACUACAUGUUAAUAAGAAAUAAGUCCAAGAGAGUUCUGUGUAUUAAAAGUGAAAAGUAAGUGGCUUAAUUUUUGAUCCUUGAUAUCUCCUCCACAGUAGUUUUUGUAUUAUCUUCUCCAGCAGCCUAGCGUUUCCUUUAUUCUUAGAGGUUUCAGUUCUAGCUUCAGAUACUUUUAGAUUAAACUCUUGCUUUUAUUCAUCAAAGCACAAUUAAAAAAAAAAAUUCUUGCAGUAGAAUACUUGAGGGUGUUUUUGGUACUUUAAAACAACAACAACAAAAAAGGACCCUCUGAGUUCGAUAGUUCAAAAGAACUUCUGGGGAUGGGAAAAGGAAGGGGAAAUAGGAUCAGAGAUACUAUAUAGGGGCAAGACAGUAACCAAACUGCAACUAGUACAGGUUGAUUUUAGAGGAAGACUGUCUGAUGUGAUCUCUCAACUCCCCCCCCCCCCCCUUUUUUAAUGUGAAUGAAAUGUUACCUUGAACGUUCUUUAACAUAUUAAAGAAUUCGCCAAAGGUAUCUAACCUUAAGUCAGUAUUAAAUCCUAAGGAUUUUCUGUAAGGUAUUUUGUGACCUAUUUAAUUUUUAAUCUUAAAAAUACACACAUUAGCCACUUAAGCCCAUGUAUUGUGUAAAAACAAAACAAAAACACUGAUUCAUAUUGGAUCCUCAUGUAUACCACCUUCUUAGGGUAUAAUAUGGUUGGGAAGGAUCAUUUGUUUCACUCUGCUUUUUAUAGAGGAUGCGUUAUGGUAUCCACUCUCCAUUUCUAUGCUCUUGCUUGGGGUGGGGAAGUAUUUUAUGUUCUUGAGCAUAGGAGGAGGGACACCUGGUUGCCUUCCAGAGCUUUCUGUCGAGGGCUUAAAUUUUCCUUUCACAUCUCACCAAAUGAAAUGGAAAGGGGUCAUUGAGUAUUUUGGUUUGGUUUGAUGAUAUUUAUUUUUACCAAGUUGUGUAAGAGUAAAAUAACAUUUGGAAAAUGUGAUGGGCCCACUUAAGCUCAACACCCCAUAGAGGGAUGAUGUUUUCAUCAUGUAGACUUCACAUUGAAUAUGUUCUAUAAGCAGACCUGUUUUGUAGUCAUUUAAUAUGACUUUUUAAAAAAAUUAUUUUUAAUUUUAAAAAAUUAAGAUAUAUUCCUGUGAUCGGAUUUCACUUUCUUUACAUAAUUUGUUUAGGCAAAUAGUUUACUCUAAUAAUUUCUUAAGAAUAUAUAUGUGUGUAUAUAUAUAUAUAUAUUUAUAUAUAUAUGUAUGUAAUUCACUUGGGGAUAGGAAUAAUUGGUGGUUAGGGAUUUUGUUUUGUCUUUUUAGAUGAAAUAAAAUAGCAACUUGUAUUAAUAAUUCAGCUUUGCUUUUCACAGGUGGGGAUGCAGAAUUUUUAAUUUUUUCCCCCUCUGAGGAUUUUUACUUCUAGAGUUGUAACUCCCCUACUUUAUUUGCAGGUACAACAAAGAAAAGGCAAGGAUUCUGACUUAUUCCCGCUUGUUUUUACUUUUUCCAUUCUGGGCUUUUCUGUAAUCAUUCUUGCUCCAUCACUAACAUUCAUUGGGUUAGUUUGGUAAGGUGCCUUCCUCCUCAUGCUUCUCCUUUUCCUACCUGCCAUCUUCCCACUUUUUUUUGCUGAAACUAGCCAGCCAUUUCACUCUGCUAGUCCGUCUUUCCAUUCUGAAAAUCUGUUUUUGACUUUGACUUUUCAUUCUCCUUGCCCCCCCUUUCUGUCUUCCUCCUCACCCUGUAUCUAUCUGCCUCAUGUGCCUGCUUCACAUUCACCCUACAUUCUUGCUUCUUUUUAGUUACAAAUAAUUUCCCCCCACUACCCACGUAGUCCACCCUUUAUUUGAACAAAAAUUAUGCUUUUAAUUUUGACGUGCAGUAUUUAAGUGUUUUCAUCUAAACUUAAUUGCUUUGACAGGUUUCUGCUCUUAAUUGAUUUCUCUAGGUCGCCGAAUAGAGGGAGUAACAUUUUAAUUCUCUUAUUUUGCAGUUUUACCUUUUUUUCUAUAGGGUUGUUCGUUGGUCCUUUAGCAAGGACCUUGUUGUCUGAGGUAUAAAAAUGAAGAUAUAAUGACUCACCCAUUUUCUUUGUUUUUAUUUCCUCUCCUUUUGUAGGAGCUCUGGUUCUUGUUGAGUUCAGGAUAGGAUUAGUGCGCCAUAUUGUUGCCACUGGAUGUGAUGGCUUAUUUGACCUUACUCUAUUACUUUCACUGACUGUGAUCCUUCCUAAACCUGUAAUGUCUGUACAGUGUACAUUACUGUAUUUGGGGAUAUGGGAGCAUUUACGUCAGAGGUACCAUUCUGAUAUGGACUGUGAAGUUUAUGUUUUUGGGAGGGCAUUCAUUGAAAGUUUACCAAUAAAGAGACGAGUUUGUCAUGAUCCUGACUUUUCCUCUGGGUUCCUCCAUUUUGUGUUUUCUCCCAAACAAAGCCUACAGAAAUAAAUGAUGUCUUCCCUUGAGAACAAUCAUGUCACCUUGUUAAACUAUGUUCUCCACCUUGCGUUAGCCAUUGUACCAACUCUAUCAAGGAAUGCAUGUAAAAAGCAACACAGUGGAGAGCCAAUAAUGUACAGUUGUGUAUCAUUUGUGAUUUCAUGAUGAAAACUGUUUGUAUGAUGAAAUAUGUUAUUACUUGAUGGGCAUGUAAAUAAAAUGUUCAUUUUCCAGUU